UUAGGACCCAGUGGUUAUGCGUGGAUUGUUAAUGGGUGGGGACAGGGUAGGGGACUGACAGCUUUUAGGCAAAAUCCGGUCGCAGAACUGCGCCAUUUGCAUUCAGCUGGUUGUUUAGUUGCUGCCCUUCCCAGUCGCUUCUCUCUCCAACUUCACCAUGUUCAAUUUUCUGCGCGGCGCCGCUGGCUCUGGCCUGGCCAACCAACUCCUGCAAGGCCUGUCCGGCGUAAUUGGCCAAAUGGCCACUGGCCCGGCCGAGCAGCCCCGCCAUAUUUCACAGGUUGAGGCCUAUGAGACUGAGGAGGAAAGAAGGUUCCGGCAAAUUUUCAAAAGCCUGGCUGGAGAUGACAUGGAAGUUAGUCCAACAGAACUGAUGAAUAUUCUCAACAAAAUUGUGCAGAGGCAUGCUGACCUAAAGACUGAUGGUUUCAGCUUGGAAUCCUGUCGCAGUAUGGUGGCUGUGAUGGAUGCUGACAGCACUGGGAGACUGGGCUUUGAAGAAUUUAAGUAUCUUUGGAACAAGAUUAAAAAGUGGCAGGCUGUCUAUAAAAGGUUUGAUGCUGACUGUUCAGGAACAAUUAACAGCCAGGAGCUGCCUGGGGCAUUUGAAGCAGCAGGAUAUCCCCUGAAUGAUGAGCUGUACCGAUUACUGUAUCGCAGAUACGCCAAUGAAUCUGGAGACAUGGACUUUGAUAACUACAUCGCCUGCCUAGUUCGAUUGGACGCGAUGCUCAGAUCAUUCAAAGCGCUGGACAAGGACAACAAUGGUUCCAUCAAAGUCAACAUUGUAGAGUGGCUGCAGCUCACCAUGUACUCGUAAACGUCCGCCUUGCCGUCAGUCCUUCGAAGAGAGCAGAGGACCCCGGGGUCACUGCUAGUCUGAUGCAGUUGGAGAAACGGCCCUUUGCUUGGCUGGGGUGGAGGGGGGGGGGGGGGGGGGGCAGGGAUUGGGGGUGAAAAUUAUGUUUUUCUGCACGUUGGCUUUUUAUAGUUGCUGAGAUUUCCUUCAAUGCAGCUUGUUGGAAAUGUUGCUGAUUCUUCAAAGGCGGGUGAACUUGACUCUUCUGAAAUCCACUCUGCUUCCUUCCCCAUAACUGCUGGCUUCCAAAAGCAGAGGUCCAUCUAUUCCAGGGAUCGGGGCUUCUGUUGAAGGAAUUUUGAAGAUGGGGGAUUUAAAGUACUCUUAAAAUGCACAUGUAGCGAUCAGGUCAACAGUUGGUCCUUUCUGUGCUCUCCACAGACGUUGAGUGCCUUGUCCAGUGGUUGUCUGCACUUUCUGGCCUCCACCCUCUGUAGUGUCUCUGCUUGUAAACGAGGGGUCAAGGAAAAUUUAGAGUGCAAAAGAAAAGUUUGGGGAUUCUGUGUGACCAAAUUGUGACCCCCGUUUUUCGUUUUUGGAAAAGGAACUGCAGAUGAUGGAAAUCUGAGAUUAAAAACAUAAAAGACUCAACAGGUCAGGCAGCGCCUUCAGAGAGAGAAACAAGAGUUGCCAUCUCGGGUGGAUUACCUCAGAACCAACCUGAAAAAAUUAACUUUAUUUCUCUCUCUCUCUCUCUGUUGAUGCUGCCUGACCCAUUGAAUAUUAUCUUUGAUUGUAUGUGUACCUGAAAGACAUUAAACACGAGCUAAGGUAGCUGAGAUUGCAUUGCAGAUUCAGAGCUCUAAUGUGGGUUAAAGGGAGGAUGGGAUCAAUGUCCAUUGUUGUGGGACGUGUAAAUGUCAAAGUCCCAUUUUGAAGCUUGCCACUUUAGGAUCCAUUUCACAUGCUUGAAUAUUUGUGGCAUUAUCCACCCCUUUAUGAUGACCCCCAGGUUAAUCUGUCAAUUAUUGCAACUUUGGAAAAGUCAAGUUUGCUUCUGCAGUCCUGUACUUUGUACUUAACGGGGGCAAAGGAUUGUAAAGGGGCUUUCUGUCACUAUCUCAACCUGUUUCUUUCAUCUGUCUUGAUCCUCCUGAAGUUUUCUGGUUUAGUUCUAACAUAAGAACAUAAAUUUAUUUAUGAUGUCACAGAAAUGAUCAAUAUUUCAUCCCAUCAAUUUUUCUGCCUCUCCUGUUUCACCAAAGCAGGAUCUUCUGAAAGUGAGUGAGCGAGAGCAACAGCUUUUGAUCCCCAAAUCAGCUUUUUUUUGAGAAUUAAUUUCCUCAGAAUAGAUAUUGUUAGGAUGUUGCCAAGGUUGAAUUUGGAGUCUGUGUUCAAUAGGGACCCAUUCAACUCGAGACUGAUCAUUUUCUUUCCCUGCUGCAUUCUUGUGGUUGUAUCUGGAAUCCAACUGCUCCUUGCCAUAGAGAGAGUUCUGCCAAUGGUUUCCCAUUUAUUUGGAGCAAACAGAAUUCUUUGAAUCUGUAUGGAAACCGUACUUUCUGUAUUAAUAUCUUUAAGGCUAAAGACAAUUCCAUUUACAUCGAUAACGAUUGGUGCCACUAUCCAAUGACCCCGCCUUCCCUAUUUUUGGUCUCCUAGUAGUGUUAAACAUGUUUGGCCAAUUGACCCAGGCAUUAUGAAGGACCAUGCUUCUUCCUGCCAAGUGUAGUGUUAACAGAAGAAUCCUUUCUGGUGUCUGUGCCAAGAUAUGGGGCUUGCAGAUCAGGAGGGAUGGGAUCCAACGAGCACAAAGUGGGGAUCGUGUCACUCAUGUUGGACCAGAAACAGCAAUGUCUCCGUUGCCAAAUUGCCAAAACAAAAACAUUUUGUGAGGAAAUUCAUUUGUUUUUUAUGUUGAGGUUCUGUUGGGCAGUGUGUGGUUAUUGGCCCUGCCAUUGUAUAACGGGGAAGGGAGUGAGACUUGUGGGAUGAACAAAUGGAUUUGAAAGUUGCUAAUCUGCUUAUUGUCACUGCUCACCUGUUGCACCUUUCUUUGGUGGCUAUGCAGUACGGUUUUUAUUAAAAGAAAAUCUAUCCACUUUUUACAAA